AAAAUAUGUAUGUGGUUUCAACAUUCACAUACCAAUUGUCAUCAAAAGGAAGUAGUAUAUCUGUCAACUCGUCAUUUCCCUUUGUCAAUUGUCAAGUAGUUCUUUUUACAGCGUGUUAUGGUGGAGUAGUCGUUGACUCCCCAAAAUGCAGAUCUUCGUUAAAACCUUAACGGGUAAGACCAUCACUCUUGAGGUCGAGCCCUCAGAUACUAUCGAAAAUGUGAAAGCUAAAAUCCAGGAUAAAGAAGGAAUUCCCCCAGACCAGCAACGUCUCAUCUUCGCUGGAAAACAACUCGAAGAUGGUCGUACCUUGUCUGACUAUAAUAUUCAAAAAGAAUCAACCCUUCACUUGGUGUUGAGAUUGAGAGGAGGUGCUAAGAAACGUAAGAAGAAGAAUUACUCCACCCCCAAGAAAAUCAAGCACAAGAAGAAGAAGGUUAAGUUAGCUGUAUUGAAAUUUUAUAAGGUUGACGAAAAUGGUAAAAUCCACCGAUUGAGACGUGAAUGCCCCGCUGAACAAUGUGGAGCUGGUGUCUUCAUGGCAGCCAUGGAAGACAGGCAUUACUGUGGCAAGUGCGGUUACACUCUUGUCUUCUCCAAACCAGGAGAUGAGAAAUAGAUAUAUGUCCUUGUAUAUUGUUUAAGAAAAAAAUAGAAAAACCUUUGUUUAUUUGAAUAAAAUAUUCGAGGAAGA